AUGGGAUACGCGUUUGAGAUUGACGAGCCAGCGGCGAUCAGGGUGCUCACUGUCGCUCAGGUGGAAGGCUGGCGCUGCGAAAGCGUUUGCAAGAAGGACAGCACGGAGAUAACGACCGAAGACCGAGAGAGCUUGGUCAUGUCGAUCCGGCGGGCGCCGGAGCGUCGGAUAGUGGUGACGCACGGCACGGACACGAUGAUCGAGACCGCGCAGUUUGUGGAGGCGUCAGGUGCAGCAGUGGGCAAAUCGGUGGCGUUUGUCGGAGCGACAAAGCCGGAGCGCUUCAAGGACUCGGACGCUACAUUCAACGUCGGCGUGGCGGUGGGUGUUACGGACGUGCUCCCGCCCGGCUCGGUCGUCGUCUGCAUGGGUGGCCGAGCGAUUCCCGCCGCUCGAUGCAUGAGGGACUUGGACAGUGGCCGCUACGUUGAUCAGCCUUGA